AUGGGUCGUCAAAUCGUCUCCGACAGCUGUCACCCAGCGGAGCAGAAAAAUGGUGACUUUGCAACUCUCUAGUAGCUGUCACCUGAUGAAGAGGAGCUGGAUGGAGGUGGGGCACGUGUUAGGGAGCUUCAUCGUUAGGUCCGCGCAGCAAGAGGAGGCUCUUCAUUGCAUUUAGUACACUCUCAGGAGGUGGUGACUCAUCUCUUGGUGGAUCGUCCUCUUCCUGACGACGGGUUGUUUGUCGAUCAAUCGGAGAUGAUUUACUCGAUGAAUUCGUGAUCCUUUUAUCGUGAAUCCUUCAACAAUUUUAGUAAAAAUGCUUCGCGAAUCGCAUUGAUGAGAUUUUUACCAAUGAUCCAACGAUUCUGGUUGCUUAAUCCUUCAUCGGUGAUAUGUAGGAAAGUCACGAUAAUCAGAUAAAAAUAUGAGUUUGACUCUGAGAGGAUUUGAACUCGCACUGAUUGCUCGCCCCUUUCUAGGGAGGAUGUGAUGCUAGUUUAGUCCCACAUCGGUUGUGUGCCAAAUUUUCAAGCGAAUAUAUAGUAAUGUUACAUUUGGAAGUAAGUUCCUUUCUCGCGCAUGUAUGACCACUCCUUGCCCCACAGUCGGCUGGCCACUAGUGACAUGAAAGGGGAGUGGUGCACACGUGUCCCUAUCGGUCCAAGCCACUCAAGCCCCUACUUGUGGCUACUCUCCAACUACGCUUCCAACUUGCUUGUGGGGCCCAACUAGCCGGCAAGUCCCCCUAAUUUUGUUUUAUUUUUAUUUUAAUUUCUUUUUCUUUAUUUAUCUCAAAAGUAAGACUAUAAAAAUCAUAUAAAUUCGUAUAAAAUUACAUAAUUACACAAAAAAUUUAUGUUAAUCAACUGAAAACUACUUUUCAAACUUUAACACAAAUAUAAGUCUAUUUAUCAUGAGUUAAGGCUAAAACUAUAUUAUUUACUAAUUAUUAACUCAUAAUAAUGAAGACUUAUCACAUUCCCCAACUUAAAUCAUUGCUAGUCCCUUAGCAAUGGAAUUAUGAAAAUAAAAAUUUACAAAUCUCAAACAUCAUAUUUCAAUACAGAAAAAAAAAUACAAUUAGAAAUGCUGCACCAUUAAACACUUUGAAUUCUUAUAUCAAGUAUUUAGGAAUGAUGUCAAGCACUUAAAUGUUUAAGCACUCCUUGGAAUAACAAUCUAAACUUCACUUCUUCUAUUCACAUCUUUAUUACUUCUUCACUCAUAGAUAUAUUUACAAGAUGUUCUAAUUAUCAAUACUCAUCCAAGAAUAAUAUUGAUCCUACAUUUCCCUUUUUCCAUAACUUGAUUUUUGAAGUUUGCACUAUAUUUCUUUCUUCAUUUUUUUUAUUUUUAUAUAUAGUAGAUAAGUAGCUUUCUCUGUAGACAAAUUUUGACAAUAAGAAUGAUGUCUCACACCCUCUAUGUGUACUCUUCAUUUUCAAGGCUUUCACUUUAUCCACUUAUUUUGCAACAAGUGUUUUUCUAUGCACGAUUUUCAACAAUGAGAAUGAUGUCUCACACCCUCUAUAUGUACUCUUCAUUUCUAGAUUUUUCACAUUACUCUUUCUCUUUUUUUUUUUGAAAUAAGUAGUUUUUCUUUAGAAGUCCUAUCGAUCAGGGUGCAAAAAUCUCUAUUAAACUCAAAUGAUCAAUCAAAUUUUCACAUCAAGUAAAUAAUAUGCAUCAAGAUCAUGAAGUGAAAAGUUGUAAAAUCAAAUCCAUGUUAUCUAUCAUGUAUCAAAGGAGUAUUCCAACAUUUCAUGCUACUAGAUCAAUCUUUUGACUCAAUAACAAUCUUUCUGGUAUCUUUUGGUAUUAAUUUUUCAUGCAUGCAAUAUGAUGUAAGAAAUUUGUAAAUUACAUAGUUCUGACAAUUUCGUUUUUUAUUUUAAGUUUUGUUUUUAGUAAUAAUAAAUUUAUCAAAAAUAAAUCAAAAUUAUCCUCUUUAUAUCUGUAACUUCGAAUUUUAGUAAUAUAUGUGUAGGGGAUUGAAAUGUAAGAAAAGGAUUUCUAGAAUUUCAAAUUUUGGGCUGUUUUUUGUUUGCUAUUUUUGACAGUCCGUUGUUCCUAACAGAAAACUAGAAAAUAGAUGUUUUAGUUUUUUAAAUUUAUUUUAUUUUAAUUUUUUUAGUUGCUAUUCUAAGUGAGCGUGUAAAAAUAAAAAUGAAAUGCAAACACAUGUUCUUAAUCAUUCUACAGCAUAAAUUAAUAAUGAAUACUUCACCCCCCAACUUAAAAAUGACAUUGUCCUUAAUGACAUAGAAAAAUCAAAACAAAAUAUGGAAAAAAUAUAAUUUUCAAGUGAAGCAUGCAUAUAUGUAAACUUAAGCAUUUAAAAUGUUGUCAUAAAUUAUAAAUCUCAGAAAGACAUCACCUCAACCUAGUUUUUAAUUUUCUACUUCAUCUUACACUCUUCCUGCACUUUUUCAAAAAAAACAAAUACAAAAAUAAGUAUUGCAAAAUUAUAAGAAAAAUAAAACUAAAAAAAAAUCAAACAUAAUAAAAUAAAAACCAUGGGUUGCCUCCCAUGCAACGUUGAAUUUAAUGUCUUUGGCUAAACAACUCUUAGAUCAUAUAAGAUGAUCUAUGGUGUACUGAGAAGUCUUCAUUAUCAUGAGUUAAUAAUUAGUAAAUAAUAUAGUUUUAGCCUUAACUCAUGAUAAAUAGACUUAUAUUUGUGUUAAAGUAUGAUUUGUGGUUUUCAGUUGAUUAAUGUGAAUUUUUGAGUAAUUAUGUGAUUUUAUACGAUUUUUAUAGUCUUACUUUUGAGAUAAAUGAAGAACAAGAAAUAAAAAUAUUACAAAAUGGGGGGACCCGCUGGCCAGCUAGGCCCGCAAGCGGGUCAGAAGCAUAGUUGGGGAGUAGCCGCGAGCAAGGGCUUGAGUAGCUUGGCUUAGAUUGAUAGGGGCACGUGUGCGCCACUCUCCUUCCACGUCACUGGUGGCCAACUGGUUGUGGGGCAAGGAGUGGUCGUACAUGCGAGAGUAGUGACUUUGCUUAUAAAACUAACAUUACUAUAUAUUCGCCUGAAAAAUCAGCACACAAUCGAUGUGGGACUAAACCCACAUCACAUCUUCCUCAGAGGCGGGCGACCGGUGAGGGUUCAAAUCCUUCCAAAGUCAAAAUUCAUAUAUUUUUAUCUGAUUAUCGCGACUUUCCUGCAGAUCGCCGGUGAAGGAUUAAGCAACAAGAAUCGCUAGAUUAUCGGUGAAAAUCUCGUCAACGUGAUUCGUGGAGCAUUGCUACUAAAAUUGUUGAACGAUUCGUGAUAAAAGGAUCACAAUCCAUCGAGUAAAUCAUCUUUGAUUGAUUGACGAACAAGCCGUCGUUAGGAAGAGGACGAUCUGCCAGGAGAUGAGUUGCCACCUCCUGAGAGCAUACCAGAUGCGAUGAAGAGCAUCCUCUUGCUGCGCAGACUUGAGGAUGAAGCUCCUUAACACGCACCCCACCUCCAUCUAGCUCCUCUUUGUCGGGUGAUAGCCGCCAGAGAGCCGCAAAGUUGUCAUUUUUCCACUCCACCAAGUGACAGCCGUCGGAGAUGAUUAAACAACUAACGUGACUCAGUCGUUGUAUAUUAAAUCAUGCAAAUAUAAAAUUUAUAAAACUAGAAAAUAUGAAUUUUCAGAUAUUUAGAAGUAUUUCUAAAUAAAUCUAUCAAUUAUAAUUCAACAAAACUUCCAAAAAUAGCAGUAAUUUUCCAAGUCGAUCACAGGGAUGUAAUAUAAUAUCUAGUAAUUAUUCAGAAUUUUUCUCAAUGAAUACAAUUUUCUAUAAAUUUUAUAGUAGAAAAUAAAAAGGAAAUAUAUUUAAAAUUCACGAAAAAAAAGGAAAUAAGGGUGCAAAUGUCGGGAUGAUGUCAGUGCCCGACGGAUGCAAAUUGGGCAGAAACAGAGUUCCGUCUGGUGAUUCUUACGUAAGCGAUUACAAAUGAUUUAAUUAAUCAAAUUAAGAUAUGUAAAAGCCAGAAGAAUCGUAAUUGAACAAAGUAUAUUUUGGUAACUUAAAAACACAAAAAUUAUCACUAAAUGAAGUGUAAAGUAAAUUGAAAGAAGUAAAAUAGAGUUCCAGCAUCGCGACGGUGAUGCAUUGGCGAUGCACCAAAAUCCUAAGCGUUCGGGAGGAUCGUUGUGCAAUGUCCACAGCCUCGAAGGCUCUCUUUAGACAAAGAUGACGUAGGCAAUCUUUAGAUCUUCUCGCGAAGUCUAGAGAUCAAUGAAGUGGGUCAUCAAAUCAUCUAUGGCAACUGUCACUCAGUGGAGCAGAAAAACGGUGACUUUGCGGCUCUCUGGCGGCUGUCACUCAAUGGAGAGGAGCUGGAUGGAGGUGAGGCGCAUGUUAGAGAGCUUCAUCCUCAGGUCCGUGCAGCAAGAGGAGGCUCUUCAUCGCAUCUGGUACGCUCUCAAGAGGUGGUGACUCGUCUCCCGGUGGAUCGUCCUCUUUCUAACGACGGCUUGUUCGUCGAUCAAUUAGAGAUGAUUUACUCAAUGGAUUGCGAUCCUUUUAUCACGAAUCGUUCAGCUAUUUUAGUAGCAAUGCUCCGCAAAUCACGUUGAUGAGAUUUUUGCCGAUGAUCCAAUGAUUCUCGUUGCUUAAUCCUUCACCGGCGAUCUAUAAGAAAGUUGCGAUAAUCAGAUAAAAAUAUAUGAAUUUUGACUCUUGGAGGAUUCGAACCCUUGCCGAUCGCCCGCCUCUCAAGAAGGUGUGAUGCGGGUUUAGUCCCACAUUGGUUGUGCGCUAAUUUUUCAGGCGAAUAUAUAGUAAUAUUAGCUUUAUAAGCAAAGUCACUACUCUCACAUGUGCAACCACUCCUUGCCCCACAGCUGGCUGACCACUAGUGACAUGGAAGGGGAGUGGCACACACAUGCCCCUAUCGGUCCAAGCCAAGCCGCUUGAGCCCCUGCUCGUGGCUACUCCCUGACUUCGCUUCCGACUCACUUGCGGGCUUGGCUGGCCGGUGGGUCUCCCCAUUUUGCAAUAUUUUUUAUUUCUUAUUCUUCAUUUAUCUCACAAAUAAGACUGUAAAAAUCGUAUAAAAUCACAUAAUUACCCAAAAAUUCACAUUAAUUAAUUGAAAACCACAAAUCAUACUUUAACACAAAUAUAAGUCUAUUUAUCAUGAGUUAAGGCUAAAAAUAUAUUAUUUACUAAUUAUUAACUCAUGAUAAUGAAGACUUAUCAUACCCCCCAACUUAAAUCAUUGCUAGUCCCUUAGCAAUGGAAUUAUGAAAAUAAAAAUUUACAAAUCUCAAACAUCAUAUUUCAAUACAGAAAAAAAAAUAAAAUUAGAAAUGAUGCACCUUUAAACACUUUGGAUUCUUAUAUCAAGUAUUUAAGAAUGAUGUCAAACACUUAAAUGUUUAAGCACUCCUUGGAAUAACAAUCUAGACUUCACUUCUUCUAUUCACAUCUCUAUUACUUCUUCACUUAUAGAUGUAUUUACAAGAUGUUCCAAUUAUCAAUGCUCAUCUAAGAAUAAUAUUGAUCCUACAUUUUUCUUUUUCUAUGGCUUGAUUUUUGAAGUUUGCACUAUAUUUCUUUCUUCAUUUUUUUUAUUUUUAUAUAUAGUGGAUAAGUAGCUUUCUCUGUAGACAAAUUUCGACAAUAAGAAUGAUGUCUCACACCCUCUAUGUGUACUCUUCAUUUUCAAGGCUUUCACUUUAUCCACUUAUUUUUCAGCAAUUUUUUUUCUAUGUACGAUUUUCGACAAUGAGAAUGAUGUCUCACACCCUCUAUGUGUACUCUUCGUUUCUAGAUUUUUCACAUUGCUCUCUCCUUUUUUUUUUCGAAAUAAGUGAUUUCUCCUCACAAGUCCUAUAGAUCAGGGUGCAAAAAUCUCCAUUAAACUUAAAUGAUCAAUCAAAUUUUCACAUCAAGUAAAUACUAUCCAUCAAGAUCAUGAAGUGAAAAUUUGUAAAAUCAAAUCUAUGUUAUCUAUCAUGUAUCAAAGGAGUAUUCCAACAUUUCAUGCUACUAGAUCAUUCUUUUGACUCAAUAAUAAUCUUUUUGGUAUCUUUUGAUAUCAUUCAAUCAAAUUGAUUUAAUUUUUCAUGCAUGCAAUAUGAUGUAAGAAAUUUGUAAAUUACAUAGUUCUGACAAUUUCAUUUUUUAUUUUAAGUUUUGUUUUUAGUAAUAAUAAAUUUAUCAAAAAUAAAUCAAAAUUAUCCUCUUUAUAGCUGUAACUUCAAAUUUCAAUAAUAUAUGUGUAGGGGAUUGAAAUGUAAGAAAAGGAUUUCUAGAAUUUCAAGUUUUAGGCUGUUUUUUGUUUGCUAUUUUUGACAGUCUGUUGUCUCCAACAGAAAACCAGAAAAGAGAUAUAGUUUUUUUGAAAUUAUUUUUAUUUUUAUUUUUUUAGUUGCUGUUUUAAGUUGAAUAAAAUGCAAACACAUGUUCUUAAUCAUCCUACAUCAUAAAUUAAUAAUGAAACUUCACCCCCCAACUUUUCUUAUCAUGAAAAGUUUUAGUUUUUUCUUUAUAGAUUCUAUGAUUUUCAUAAGCUUCAUUCCUCAACUCCUCUAGUUCAUGUAGCUGAAAAAUUCUAUGCCCACUAGCUGAUUUUUCAUUCAUACAUAAAUUUUUUAUAGCCCAUAAUGCUUUAUGCUCUAUUUCUACAGGAAGAUGACAUGGCUUUCCAAAAAUGAGACGAAAUGGGGACAUACCUAUGGGAUUUUUAUAAGCUGUUCUAUAAGCCCAUAAUGCAUCUUGUAAUUUCGUGGGCCAAUCUUUCCUAUCUGGUCUAAUUAUUUUUCUCAAAAUUCUCUGAAUUUCCCUAUUUGCUACUUUAGCUUGCCCAUUUGUUUAGGGAUGAUAUGGAGUGGCUACUCUAUGGUGUACUCCAUUCUUUUUCAAUACUUAUCUGAAAUGUUUAUUUGUAAAAUGUAUUCCUCCAUCACUAAUAAUUACUCUAGGACAUCCAAAUCUCGAAAAAAUAUUUUCCUGCACAAAUUUCAUCACAAUUUUAUGAUCAUUAGUUCUAGUAGGAAUAGCUUCCACCCACUUCGACACAUAAUCAACAGCAAGCAAAAUAUAUUCAUAUUUUUUGGCUGAUGAGAAGGGACCCAUGAAAUCUAUUCCCCAUACAUCAAAAAUUUCAACUACUGACAUGUUACUCAUGGGCAUUUCAUCAUUUUUACUCAUGUUACCUAUAGAUUGGCAUGAAAUACAUGUUCUACUAAAUUAUAUAGAAUCUCUAAUGAUUGUAGGCCAAUAAAAACCACACUCAAAAAUUUUUACAGUUUUUUUUUGUCCAGAGAAAUGUCCUCCACAGUUAGAUGAAUGGCACAUGUUAAUAAUGCUAUGAUAUUCUUCUUCAGGAACACAUCUCCUUAAAAUUUGAUCAUUGCCCAAGUAAUAUAAAUCAGGAUCAUGUCAAAAAUAAUUUCUAAUCUUAGAAAAGAAAUAAUGUUUUCUGUUCUUAUCCCGUUAUUCUAGAGUUUUUCUAGAAACCAGAAAAUUAACAAUAUGUGCAUACCAUGGUGAUGGUUGAUGUUGAGCUGCCAUCAAUUGUUCAUCUGGAAAUGCAUCUUGUAAAAGUGCUGCAUUUAUUCCUAUAUCACUUAAUCUAGAAAGAUGGUCAGCAACAACAUUCUCGAAACCUUUUUUAUCUUUUAUUUCUUAGUCAAAUUCCUGCAACAAUAAAAUCCAUCUUAAUAAACGUGGCUUUGCAUCUUUCUUAUUUACAGAUAUUUUAAUGAUGUAUGAUCAGUAUAAAUAAUAAUUUUAGCUCCCAAAAUAUAUGAUCUAGACCUUUCUAACAAAAAUACUAUAGCUAACAACUCUUUUUCAGUCAUGGUAUAAUUUAAUUGAGCAUCGGAUAUAGUUUUACUAGCAUAUGAAAUUACUAUGGGUUUUGACUCUUUUGUUUGUCCUAGAACAGCCCCCACUACAUAAUUCGAUGCAUCACACAUUAUUUCAAAAGGAAGGGACCAAUCAGGAGCUUGUAAAAUGGGUGCCUCAAUAAGUAAUCUUUUUAUUUCGAAAAAAGACUCAAAACAUUUCUCAUCAAAAUUAAAAGGCACAUCUUUAGAUAAUAGCAUGGUAAGAGAUUUAGAAAUUUUUGAAAAAUCUUGAAUAAAUUUUCUGUAAUAGCCUGCAUGACCCAAGAAAGAUCUAAUCUGUUUUACUGAAUUUGGAGGUUUCAUUUUAGAUAUAAUAUCAAUUUUUACUCUAUCCACCUCUAAACCCCUUUCACUCACAAUAUGACCCAACACAACUCCCUCUUUAACUAUAAAAUGUGAUUUCUCCCAACUCAAAACUAAUUUUUUCUCUAUGUAUUUCUCAAUUACAUGUUGUAAAUGAUUUAAGCAUUCAUCAAAUGAUUCAGUAAACAUAGAAAAAUCAUCCAUAAAAAUUUCCAUGUAUUUUCUAAUCAUAUCAGAAAAAAUAGACAGCAUACAUCUUUGAAAUGUGGCUGGAGCAUUACACAAAUCAAAAGGCAUUCGUUUUAAAAGCAAAAGUACCAAAUAGACAAGUGAAAGUUGUUAAAAAUAAAAAAAGUUUUUUUCAGCUAAUUUUUCUAGAAUUUGAUUAGUAAAUGGUAGGAGAAAAUGAUAUUUUCUAGUAACUGAAUUUAAUUUUCUAUACUCAAUGCAAAUCCUCCAACUAGUAGUUAAUUUUGUUUGUAUUUCAUCCCCAUUUUCAUUUUUUAUAACAGUGAUCCCUGAUUUUUUUGGCACUACUUGUGUAGGACUAACCCAUUUGCUAUCUGAAAUAGGAUAAAUAAUAUCAGUAGCCAGCCACUUUAAAAUUGCUUUUUUUACAAUUUCCAUCAUGUUAGAAUUUAAUCUUCGUUCUGGUUCCCUACUAGUUCUAGCCCCCUCCUCUAGAUAUAUACUAUGCAUGCAUACACUCAUAUCAAUACCUCUUAGAUCGUCUAAUGUCUAGCCCAUGGCCUUCUUAUUUUUUCGAAGUACAUCUAAUAAUUCUUCUUCCUGUUCAUCACUCAAAUCAACUACAAUAAUAACAGGAAAUGAACUAUUUUCCUCCAAAAACAAAUAUUUUAAACUAGAGGGAAGAGGUUUCAACUCUAAAUUCGGAUGAUCUUCCUCUUUCUUUUCUCCUAAAUUUAUAUUCUCUAUUUCCUCUAAUUCUUCCAACACACAAUCAUCAAUAACAUCUAGAUCAUCAAAAUCAUCUAGAAGAUCUAUGGUACGACAAUCAGAUACUUGAGAUUUCUUAAGAUCAUUCGGUACCUCAAAAAUUUUAAUUUCUAUUGAUUGAUCUCCACAUGAAAUUUUCGUAAUACCUGUGGGAAAAUUAAUAUUCAUCUUUACUAAAUGCAAAAAUAGUCUCCCUAGAAUGAUUGAUGUAUCAUAAAACUGUCUAUUAAAAUCUAUUUCCAACACUACAAAAUCAGCUAGAAAUUUACACCCUUUAACUGUUACUAUCACAUUUUCUAAAAUACCUUUAGGAUGUUUUAUGGAUCUAUCAAUAAAUUGUAAGGUAACAGUAGAAGGUUUAAGAAUAGAAAUAUUAAAUUUAUCACAAAUACUUGUAGGUAAUAAAUUAAUACUAGCAUCGGUGUCAAGUAAUGCAUUAUGAAAAAUGGAUCUACCAAUAUCACACGAAAUUAAAGGGGCACUUGUAUCUCUCAAUUUAUAUGGUAAUUGAUUUAAUAAUAAUGCACUAGCAUGCAUAGAUAAUUUUUCUACUCUAGGUGUCUUUUUUGGUGUACACAUUUCUUUCAAAACUCUAGCAUAUUCAAGAAUAUGUUCAAUGGCAGUGAGUAAAGGAAGACUAAUUUACACAUCUUGUAAAAUUUUCUUUAUUUCUUCAUUGUGUUCCUUUUUCUUUCUUUGUCUAGGCUCUAGAGCUUUAAGAAAUGGAAUGAUUGUCUUCUCUUUCGAAAUUUCCUUGGUAGAAUCUAUAAAAUCCUCUUCUACUCCUAUUUGAUUUUGUUUUGGGUUGUCCACGUUUUCUUUUUCUUCUAAUGUUUGGGGAUAACGAUCAGGUAAGAUCUUACCACUCCUUAAUGCAUUCACUGUCCUAACAUUUUUAUUUCGUAGGUUUUUUCCUAGAUUCAUGCUACUAGACUCCCCUUGCUGAAAUCCUAUUGUUGGGUGGUUCCCUAGAUUUUCUAUGGGCUGAUUAGGUAGCUGACCCUUUUCUCUCUUAUUCCCAAGGGCCUCUAUAAUUUGUUUCUGAUGCUGCAUCAUUUGAUUCAUAGUUUGUUGCAUCAUUUAGCUCAUUUGCUGCAUCAUUUCCAUAGUAUUAGGUUGGGUUUGAGAGGGCUAAUUUUUCUUAAAUUUGUUUUCUUGUUUUGGACGAAAUUCAGAGUUUGAAUUGGGUCUAAGUGCUUUUGGAUUUUGAAUAUUAUUUGGGUCUCUCAAUGAAAAAUUAUUCCUUCAAUUAGGAUUAUAAGAAUUUGAAAAGGUUCCCUAUUUCUAUUAAAAUCGUGAGCUACUUGCACUUAUUCUUACAUAGGAUGAAAUAAUUGCUCUAAAUUAUAACAUUGAAAUUCAGAACAAUCAUUUUCACCAUACAUAGGACAUAUACUAUUCGAAUUAAGUUGAGGGUUAAAAGGCUUUCUAAUAUUGUCAAUAAGUAAAUUAAUUUUUUCUAAUCUUUUAUUAAUCUGAUUAACCUCAUUUCUAAGUUUAGAAUCAUCAUCAUGAUACAAUUCAUAAAUUCCUCUCUUCUUAUCCCUGUCAUAUAAUUCAAAAGAGGCUUGAUCUCUAGAAUUUUCACUUAAAUUCUCAUAAAGACUAUAAAUAUCAUCAAGAGUUUUCUCCAUAAAAGCUCCUCCACAUAUAAAAUCAACCAUAUUUCUAUGUUGUUCUAAUAAAUCCAUCAUAAAAAAUUCUAUUGAGCUGCCACUUGGGUAUAGCAUGAUGAGGACACUUUCUAAGUAAAUCUUUGAAUUUUUCCCAUAUCUCAUGCAAAGUUUCUCCUAGUCUUUGAGAAAAACUCUAUAUAUAUUUUCUCAUAUUUUGAGUUUUUCCUAAGGGAUAAAAUUUUUGAAGAAAAGCCUGUUCUAUAUCUUUCCAGCUAGUUAAUUCUCUAUCUAAUGUGGAUAGCCAAUGACUAGCUUUGUCCCUAAGUGUAUGAGGGAAUAAUUUCAUCUUAAUAAUUUCCGGUGUAACUUGAGGGAGAUUAACUAAAUCACAAACCAUAUGAAAUUUUUCUAAGGGCUGAUGAGGUUCCUCUAAAGGUAAUCCAUGAAAAUUAGAAAGCAUUUGAAAAAUUCUUGGAUUUAUUUUGAAUUUAACAGUGGGUGCUAAUGGGACUCUAAUAUUAGAUGCUCUUUGAAAUGAAUCAACGAUAAAAUGAUUUUUCAUAGCCAUAGGAUUUUCUCAAUUUGACCUGUACUUCCUUUAAGAUCCAUCAAAAUUAAUUUUUCUUUCGGAUUUUUAUUUUUGAAUGAAAUAAUGAAAGGAUUUUCUAGCCUUGGAUGCAAGGAUCUUAUACCAUGCAUAAAUUCGAGGGAAAAAGUUAGUAACUGUUACCCUCCUUCAUGAUGCUCCAGUCCUUACCUUGCUUCUUUUUGUUCCCUUUUUCUAAUAAAAAAUCAGCAAAAAGAAAAAAAAUAAAGAGUUAAAUUUUUUUUUGUGUACUCUAAGAGAAAAACAGAAAAAUACUAAAUAUUAUGCAAUACAUCCCUGGCAAUGGUGCCAAAAUUUGACGUGACUUAGUCGUUGUAUAUGAAAUCACACAAAUAUAAAAUUUAUAAAACUAGAAAAUACGAAUUCUAAGAUAUUUAGAAGUAUUUCUAAAUAAAUAUAUCAAUUUUAAUUCAAUAAACUUCCGAAAAUAGUGGUAAUUUUCCAAGUCGAUCACAGCAAUGUAAUAUAAUAUCUAGUAAUUAUUCAGAAUUUUUCUCAAUGAAUACGAUUUUCUAUGAAUUUCAUACUAGAAAAUAAAAAAGAAAUAUAUUUAAAAUUCACGAAAAAAAAGAGAAAUAAGGGUGCAGACAUUGGGAUGAUGUCAACGCCCGGCAGAUGCGAAUCAGACGGAAACAGAGUUUCACCCGACGAUUCUUACGUAAGCGAUUACAGACAAUUUAAUUAAUCAAAUUAAGAUCUGUAAAAGCCGGAAGAAUCGUAAUUGAACGAAGUAUAUUUUGGUAACUUAAUAAACACAAAAAUUAUCACUAAAUGAAGUGUAAAGUAAAUUAAAAGUAGGAAAAUAGAGUUCCAGCAUCGCGACGGCGAUGCGUCGAUGAUGCACCGGAAUCCUGAGCGUUCGGGAAGAUCGUCGUGCAAUGUCCACAACCUCUAAGGCUCUCCUUGGACAAAAACGACGUGGGCAAUCUCUAGAUCUUCUUGCAAAAUCUAGAGAUCAAUGAAGUGAGUCGUUGAAUCAUCUCUGGUGGUUGUCACCUAGUAGAGCAGAAAAACGGCAACUUUGCAGCUCUCCGGCGGCUGUCACCUAAUGAAGAGGAGUUGGAUGGAGGUGGGGCACAUGUUAGGGAGCUUCAUCCUUAGGUCCGCGCAGUAAGAGGAGGCUCUUCAUCACAUCUGGUAUGCUCUCAAGAGGUGGCGACUCAUCUCCCGGUAGAUCGUCCUCUUCCUGACGACGGCUUGUUCGUCGAUCAAUCGGAGAUGA